CGCGAGCAGUUGCGAUUCGUGCCCAUGUCAAUUUCGGAGUAACAUGGCCUCCCGCCUAGAGUGGAUCCCAGACUCUCUAUACAACUCGGCUGUUACUACGCUCGUUAACAACUACCCGAUCUUCCAGAAGGACUUGAGAUAUCUUCCCGAGAGCAUCGCCUUCGACAUAUUGUAUCAGCUGUACAAGCAGAACAAGCUAUGUUUUCUAGGCUUCGAAUUUUACGAUUUGGAUAUCUUCGCGAAGAUUACCAAAGUGAAAGACAAGAGGCACCUUUUGCACCACUGCUUCCAAGCAGUCAUGGACCAUGGAACACAGACAGCCCAUUUGUUAGCUGAGUCUUAUCACCGACGGUGCACAGCCGCAUCACCAAAUGCUUCACCACACCACUACUCGUAUGAGUAUCUCAUAUCUGUAGGAAUAUCUAUUGGCAAUUUCCUCAGUGAUGCUGGCUGGUUCCGUGAAAGUGAGCGAGUCCUGCUUAGCUGUCUUUCGCUGUGUCGUAAAAUAGAUGACUACAAGCACUGGGUGUCUGCCCUGGAAUGCUGCCUAAGGCUACUGCACGUGCAGCAGUCGUACUGCAAGUUCACAGAGGCCAUGGACACCCUGGAAGAGACAAAGCAGUACAUUGUCAAGCUGACUGAUGUGAACCACUCGCUCAACCUGGCGGGCCUCUACUCUGAGUUCUCAUCACUCUACUCCAGCCGUAGCCAGUACAAAGAGGCAUAUGAAUGGGCAAUGCAGGCUCUGGUGCACCUGAAUUCUAAUGCACACCCUAAGUCAAUUAUCGAUGUCCUACGGCAAGCUUCAAAGGCAUGCGUUGUAAAAAGGGAAUUCAAGCAGGCAGAACUGCUGAUAAAGCAGGCACUUCACAUGGCCUGGGAGCAUUUUGGUCGUGAACACCCAAAAACAGCAGACACCCUUCUUGACUAUGGAUUCUACCUGCUAAACACAGACUCUGUCAGUCAGUCUGUAAGAGUGUAUAGGAAAGUCUUAGAUAUACGACAAAGUGUCCACGGUGGCAACAACCUCCACGUCGCUCUCGCGCACGAAGACCUUGCUUACUCAUCCUACGUUCUCGAAUACCGAUCUGGAAGAUUUCAGAAUGCGAGAGACCAUGCCGAAAAAGCCAUGCAGAUCAUGACUCGCCUGCUUCCCGAAGACCACCUGCUCCUGGCCUCUUCAAAACGAGUGAAAGCACUGAUCCUGGAGGAGAUAGCCAUAGACAACACUGACAAGGAGCAAGAGAUGCGGCUUCUGCAGGAAGCGUUGGAUCUGCAUGUGUCAGCGCUGCGCCUUUCGUGCCAGGCGUUUGGGGAGAUGAACGUGCAAACAGCCAAGCAUUACGGAAACCUCGGUCGUCUGUACCAGUCCAUGAGGCGCUUCAAGGAGGCAGAAGAGAUGCAUCUGAAAGCCAUUGAUAUCAAGGAGAGGCUGCUUGGGCCUGAGGAUUAUGAGGUUGCCUUGUCAGUGGGUCACCUAGCUUCACUUUACAACUACGACAUGAAGCUCUACGAGCAGGCCGAGCAUCUCUACCUCCGUUCCAUCGCAAUCGGAACAAAGUUGUUUGGGGAAGCAUACAGUGGCUUGGAGUACGACUACCGGGGUCUGCUGAGGGUUUCCAUGGAGAUGAACAAGACAAACCAAGUGCUGCGCUACACAAGGGUGCUGGAGGAGUGGCGGCAGCUGCGCCAGCGGAGUCUGCGUGAAGGCCACGAUGCUUCCCCGUUCACUUUUUGCGUCUGCAAGGUGCCUCCUGAAAACAUAUACGCAUAUGUCACCAGCCUGCGGUAGAGUUUUCUGACAGUUCCUGUUAUAGAGUUGACUGAGCCCUGCCUGAUUAGGGGUUGUCCCGCAUGUCACACAGUCGGGCACCUGUCAUUGGCCACCGGAGUUGGCCACCUGGCAACCAGAGACCCUGCCUCUGGUUUGCCCAUGAGCACUGCACUGCAGCUGUUUAAGGAUCCCGCUCUGCCCACCGAGCAGCAUCUCGGAAACUUCCAAAAACUGUUUCCUAUCCUUUUUUUGCUUUGAAGAUAGAGGAGUGCAACUGCUGCGCUGGGAUAUCCAAGUCUACAUGGCCAUUUGGCAUGAGUACUGCAGAUGCAUUUUCUUCAGGCUGUGCAUCUAGUUUGAUUGGAAUCAAGGUGUGAAAUUUAAAUGAAAUUAAAUGUCCAUUGUAGCCACUGAUGUGACUAUAGGCACCAGUGAUUUAGAUGAGUCUAUGACCGUGAGCGGGCACAAUCAUAGUCUGCCGGCACUCAUUCUGCCUUGUUUUUCAGAGCCAUAAUUAAAGAGAUAAGCCAUAAUUAAAAAUCGAUAUAACUGGUAGUAGUUUCGUAUGCAAUACACUUUGGCUGUUGGUUAUGUGCUGUGCUGCAGUUGGUCAAAAUUAAUAAGAAUGCCUUUGCAC